UUAUAUAUGACAGAUCCUUAUCGCAAUCCCACCACUCGCAUCACUCGCUGCAAUCGUCGAGAGAAAAACCAAAACGAUCAUGGCUCCCAUUCGCCGCCUCCUGCCUGCUCUCCUCCUCCUCCUCUUCGUCAUCUCAGAUGUGGCGACCAGCAGCUCCUCUAACGACAACUGUGUCUACACGGUCUACGUCCGGACGGGAUCGAUCAUCAAGGGAGGCACCGACUCCAAGAUCUCGCUCACCAUUUCCGACUCCUCCUACAGGCCGGGAGUCCACGUGAAGGACCUGGAGUCAUGGGGGCUGAUGCCGGACGGCCACGACUACUACGAGCGCGGCAACCUCGACAUCUUCAGCGGCCGAGGCAGGUGCCUCGAUGGCCCGAUCUGCUACCUUAACCUCACCUCCGACGGCACGGGGCCGCACCACGGCUGGUACUGCGAGUACGUCGAGGUGACCGCCACCGGGCCGCACCUCGGCUGCAGCCAGACCAUCUUCUACGUUCGCCAGUGGCUCGCCCUCGACGCGCCCCCUUACCGCCUCGACUCCAUCAUAAACGGCUGCGCUGCUGCCGCCGAUUCUCAUGCCAAGAGAGGAAGAUCCACCUUCUAUGGUGAAAAUGCACUGGGUCGUGAUGGCGUGGAGGCCUCCUCAUCCUCAUCAUGAACAUGAAACUUGUCCAUCCAUGCAUGUUAUGUCAUGCCCAUCAUUGGUCAUCAUCAUCGUAAAACAGAUGACCAUCGUAAAAUAUGGCGAUCCAUGUACUAUGUGAGUCGAUUGUCCUGUGUUCUCAGUCUCUUGUCCUCUCUGCCCAUGUGCAUGUACGAGAGAUUCCCUUUAGAUGAACGCUGGACAUUCUGAUCUCUAUGCAAGUUAUGACUAUCCUGCUGUA